GAUUUUUUUGGAAAGCUCUCAAUGGAAAGGAGGAUCAGUUAUACGCAUAACAUCCAAAUAUGCAAGUACCAACGGGUGAUUUUCGGGGUUGUCUCGCUUCAUCUUUUCUUCGUACUCUACCUGCUACCUCCUGCGUGCCAUUGUCUUUCUACGCCCUUCGGCAAGACAGCCAAGAAUGUGGCGACGCAAAUUUUGCAAGGUACUGGAGAGUCAAUGGUGGACUUGAAUCAGUACAAUCUCGAUUCGCUGUCACGGAUCGAGCAAGAAUGGACGGCUAAUAUGGUCCAAAAGGUGGGCGAAAACGAAGUGGGGUUACGGUUGGGAUGCAAGUCGGACGGUGAACUUUACGUUGACAUCGUGCCUGUGGUUUUUCCUCGAACGCAAAGCGGUUUGGGCUUGGAGCUGGUAGAACUGGCAGGAGGACGAGACGACGGCCUGGGAAUUACGGUGGUCUCCGGCCUUGUAGAGGGCGGUGCAGCAAUGGAGAAAGACAUACUUCCGGGCGAUUCCAUCUCGAAAGUAUCAGUGGUACGCAAGCAAAAAUCAAAUCUAAACAAAAAGCAAGCAGUGGCGGAGACAAUCCAGGAAGUCUCUGUAUCGACGGAAUGCCUCGGAUAUGAGGCGACGGUUCGAGCGUUGCAAACGCUACCUCCUCGAACGACAUCAUCAUCUUUGAGUUCAUCCUCAUCGUACGACGAAUUUUAUUCGGUGUUACUCAAACGACUGCGCCGAAAGCCUAAAGUGACCAUCAAACUGCAAUACCCUCCUAGUCAAGAAGACGCUGAGGAUGAAACAAUUGAACUCUUUGCAGGGGAAAACUUGAGACAAGGCAUGCUCAUUCGCGGAGUCAAACUCAACGACCCCUUGGCAAAGCGUUUUGACAGCAAGAACGGCGGCAAUUGUGGCGCCGGUGGACUGUGUCGUACCUGUAGCGUGUCUGUAACAAGCGGUAUCAACUUGCUCAAUCCACAACGCCUCGCUGAAAAGCAAAUGCUGGCGGACAAUCCACGUUGGCGAUUGGCGUGCAAAGCCAUAGUUGGGUUUGGCAUGCAGGAGGGGGAAAUGACGGUUCGCGUGAACCCACGACAGUGGUAAAGGGUAUUGAAAGAGUCUACCUACCAUUCUAUCAUUCGUUAAC